AGGGGAAAAAAAAAAGAAAUUAUAGUGAGGUUUUCUUUUUCUUUUUCUUUUUUUUUUUUUUGGAACGGAACGUGUGCGUUCUUUUCCCUCUGAACAUUUAACAAGGAGACAUAAAGGACAAAUUGCAAGUUGGCUUGUAAACUCGUUGGGGUGAAGGAGCAUCCCUGCUGUUUAAAUAAAGUUAGACUUUCACAAACUGUUUGGAAGAAGGACAACUGAACAGACAUGAGCACGGCCAGAACAGAAAACCCCGUGAUCCUGGGCUUGUCCAAUCAGAAUGGCCAACUGAGGGGCUCUGUGAAGCCAGCAGGGGGACCAGGUGGAGGUGGAGGGGGUCCUCAGACGACGCAGCCCACCCAGAUCAAAGCCUCCAGCACAAUCAAUAACGGCAGUUCCCAGCCAGUGCCCACAGCCAACACUGUCAUCAAACCUGGGGAUGACUGGAAGAAGAAUUUAAAGCUUCCUCCAAAGGACAUGCGUAUGAAAACUUCGGAUGUGACGGCAACCAAGGGCAACGAGUUUGAGGAUUACUGCCUGAAACGGGAGUUGCUGAUGGGCAUCUUUGAGAUGGGCUGGGAGAAGCCGUCACCCAUUCAGGAGGAAAGCAUUCCCAUCGCGUUAUCUGGGAGGGACAUUCUGGCCAGAGCCAAGAACGGCACAGGAAAAAGUGGCGCCUACCUCAUUCCCUUACUUGAACGCAUUGACCUGAAGAAGGACUGCAUACAAGCGUUGGUCAUUGUGCCCACCAGGGAAUUGGCUCUGCAAGUGAGCCAGAUCUGCAUCCAGGUCAGCAAACAUAUGGGCGGGGUCAAGGUCAUGGCAACCACAGGUGGAACUAACCUGCGUGAUGACAUCAUGAGACUAGAUGAGACAGUGCAUGUUGUGAUUGCCACUCCAGGAAGGAUUUUAGACCUUAUCAAAAAGGGCGUGGCAAAGGUUAGCCAAGUCCAGAUGAUCGUACUGGAUGAGGCAGACAAGCUUCUGUCUCAAGACUUUGUUCAGAUGAUGGAAGAAAUUCUGAGCUUCUUGCCCAAACAGAGGCAAAUCCUACUGUACUCUGCAACCUUCCCGCUCAGUGUACAGAAAUUCAUGAACGCCCAUCUGCAGAAGCCUUACGAGAUUAACCUGAUGGAGGAGCUGACUCUGAAGGGAGUGACGCAGUAUUACGCCUACGUGACCGAGAGGCAGAAAGUCCAUUGCCUUAAUACUCUGUUCUCCAGGCUUCAGAUAAAUCAGUCCAUAAUCUUUUGCAAUUCGUCCCAACGAGUUGAGCUCUUGGCGAAGAAAAUCUCCCAGCUGGGCUACUCCUGUUUCUACAUUCACGCCAAGAUGAGACAGGAACACAGAAACCGUGUGUUCCAUGAUUUUAGAAACGGCCUGUGCCGGAAUCUUGUCUGCACUGAUCUCUUCACUAGAGGAAUUGACAUUCAAGCUGUGAAUGUGGUGAUCAACUUUGAUUUUCCAAAGCUUGGAGAAACGUAUCUCCAUCGCAUCGGUAGAUCUGGUCGAUUUGGGCACCUGGGUCUGGCCAUUAACCUGAUCACCUAUGACGACCGCUUUAACCUGAAGGGCAUUGAGGAGCAGCUUGGCACGGAGAUCAAACCCAUCCCCAGCAGCAUUGAUAAGAGUCUCUAUGUGGCCGAGUACCAUAGCGAGAGUGGGGAGGAGGUCAAGGCUUGAGCAGACCAGAUCACCAAUCUCAUGUCUUUCCCCCUUUUCCUUUCCUUUUUUUUUUUUUCUCCCCCUUUCCUCCCAAGACUUUCUUAGGGGGGAGGGCUGUUUUUUUUUCCCCCCUUCAUCAGAUAUCUUCCGUCUGUCUUCCUACCUUACCCCUAGCUUUCUUCUCGUUUUCGUGCCACCAUAAGGAAUGUGAUUAUGCCGGACAAACAAAGGGAAAGGAACCAUGGCCCUCUGAAGGACUGCUGCAACUUUUGCUUCCUGAAGACUUAAAAGAAGACAAAAAUAGCACUUGUGAGGAGUGAUGGAGCGAAUAAAGAAGUGGAUUUGUCAUUGGGGGGGGACCUGACUUGCUCUUCAUCACACUCUCACACCACCGGCCUUCCACACCACCUGUUUCUUCACUGUCCUCAUUAGCCCACCCCCCUGUCUUUUUCCGUUUAAUCCCACCCCCCAGUUUUUUAGCAAUUUGUAUCAAGUGCCUUAACAAGCAGCUGAACAUGUUGAAAAAGUAAUAACCUCUUUUCCUCGAUGUACCACUCAUCCUGUUCUUGCCAUCACUUGGUACCAACCAAAUUUCAUUCUUCCUUUCAGAAGAUCCACCCUUCCAUCCCUAUUUGCCUGUAUUUUUUUUUCUU